AUGCAGAUCUCCCACAUUGCCCAGCUCAUGGCCCUCAUGGCCGCCGCCACCCCCGCGCUGGCCGCCCCCGUCGUUCAGCCGAAUCAGGCCUCCCCUGCCGGCUCUCCCCAGGGCCCGGUGGCUCAUGGUCAGGGUGCGGGCAGAAGCUGCGCAGCCCCCCAGAAGCCCAAACGCUGGAGUUUGGAGCCCGCUGAACCCGCCCAGGUCACGAACCCUCUCGAGGAGCCGCCUGUGUUUCUUCCGGGACAGGUUAAGCCCGUCAAGGUCAAGAGCAUCAAGAAGGUGAAUUCGCAGGGCAGGACCACCGGUGGCAACCAGGAGCAGAAGUAG